GGAUUCGAGAGGAUCAUCUUCAUCAGUUUACUCGGACUCUCUGAAACAGCUCAUCGAUAUGAGUAUUCAUCAGUUGAACGGUGUGGUGCUGACAAUAUUGUACUGUACGACUGCAUUGGGAGGGAUUUUGCCGGAUUCUGGAAGCAAUGGGUAUCAGUACAAUAGACCAAGCGUUGGAAUUCUUGGUGAGCCAGGGCGACGUAUAGGUUAUGAUGCAUCCGGAAGAUUUCUUCCAAGUGGAAAUGGAUUUGACUCUCUUGGAAGACCAAGUGGCUCUUACGGAGUUCCUGGUUUUGGUGGAUUCCCAGGACCGGUGGGAUACACCGGCAGGCCCAGCGGUAUAUAUCCCGGCGGAUACACCACAGCUUUUCCAGGUGGCGUUGCACCUGCAGGCUACGAGGGAAUCCCUGGAGCUUAUCGCAAUGGCUACAAUGGGGACAACGGACCACCGCAACCGUACAGUUUUCAAUACGAGGUGCUAGAUCCCCCGAGUGGUAACGACUAUGGUCAGCAGGAGACCAGCGACGGAAAUGUCGUGAGGGGCGAAUAUCGAGUACUUCUACCGGACUCUAGGACUCAAAUCGUAAAAUAUACAGCAGACGAUGUGAAUGGAUACAACGCGGAUGUUCAAUACGAGGGGCAAGCACAGUAUCCCAGACCCGGUGGUUAUCAAUUCAGUGGACCGCAGGGUUCUUAUCAACCAGGCUUUGGAUUCACUCCUUAUCAAGGUAGGGGUGGAUACGGAGUAGCUGGAGGAGCUGGAGGAGCUGGAGGAGCUGGAGGAGCGGGAAUAGGUGGACUGGGAGUUGGUAGUCCAAAGGGCAACGGCAUCUUUGGAGGUGGUGGCGGUGUCGGUGUAGGCGCCAGUGGUAGCAAUCAAUACUUACCUCCGGGUGGUGGUUAUGGCAAAUGAUCGCACUGACCAAUUCAACUCAUCCACUUUAAAGUCUCUCAACUACUCUCCUCCAACUCUUUCAUCGUGUACAUCACUCCAUAGACUUAUUCCGAUGCUGAGAAGGCACGAGGAGGAGCAGCCCGAAGCUCAUUCUGCCCGAGAUGAAAUUUCGCGUGACUUGUGUAAUUCUCAUUAUUAUCGCAUAGACAUAUUUUGCAUGAAUUUAUUCCUCGCUGUGUAAAUUCAACCACGAUAAUGGCAAUAUGAAACGCUUUUACUUUCUUUUUUGCUGGAAAACAUCUCAAUAUUGCUCUUAAUAAAAAAAUAAAAAGAAAUUACAAAGAAU